AUGAAGUCUGUUAAUAACAAAUUUUCCAUGUCCCAUGCUUACAGAGUCGUGGUGGUAUCUAACUAUACACAGACGUUGAAUAUAUUACAAGAAGUGUGCAAACAUUGUGGAUAUUCCUAUACUAGACUUGAUGGCAGCACCCCUGUCUCCCAGAGGCAACAGAUUGUCGAUAGCUUCAAUAGUAAAUUUUGCCCAGCCUUUAUCUUUCUGUUAAGUUCAAAGGCUGGUGGUGUAGGUUUGAACCUUGUCGGAGCAUCUCAUUUAAUCCUGUAUGAUAUUGACUGGAAUCCAGCAACUGAUAUUCAGGCAAUGGCCAGAGUCUGGAGAGAUGGACAGAGGCAUACAGUGCACAUUUACAGACUACUCACUACAGGCACAAUAGAGGAGAAGAUCUAUCAGAGACAGAUCAGUAAGCAGGGCCUCUCUGGGGCAGUGGUAGACUUUUCCAAGGGAUCUGAGCACAUCCGUUUUUCUAUUGAAGAACUUAGAAACCUCUUUACGUUGCAUGAAGAUUCCAACUGCGUGACCCAUGAUUUGCUGGAGUGUAAUUGUAUGGGAAAGAAAGAUAAUCAAGGUUGUCCUGUAGAAGAAGACUGCCAGAGUAGCCAAAGUGAUGUGAAAUCCAAAAAGUCUCUAUCUAUGUCACAGCUGAUGCAAUGGAAACACUUUUGUGUGGAUCACAAAAAUCUCCCUGAUCCCUUCCUUGACAGGAUAAAAGACAACAUUACAUUCAUUUUCCAAAACAUGACCAGUUGAGGGCAAGUUAGCUUCUCCUUAGUCACAGUGAGCUUGUAUUCAUUAGGAUAUUAUCGUUUUUUUAAUGGUGGCAGCAGCAUUAUUAAUAAUAGGAUUACUGAGGAUAAAGAGCAUAUAUCAAGGCUGACACUGUAUUAUUCUUUUAAUCCUUAAGAUAAACCAGGGGAAAAUAUUCUUUGCUACCACUUAUUCUCACAAUAUCACCUCAUUAUAACAAUUUUGCAAUAAAUUAUACUUUAAUCUAACCUAUCCAAGACACUUUCUUAAACUGAGAAAGAGGCUUUCUUUCAAUCAUGGUUGCUUUCCUCCUUCAUCAAUAAAUAAGCUUGGAUUUGUUCUCAGAAUUGGUAUGUCAAAGAAGAUAUAUUGCAUGAUAUAGUUAUGAGAUUAUUAUAUUUUCUAAAUAGUGGGAAAGCACUAUUUUCUUCUUAGGUGAAGAAAUAUCUCUGCCCUUGUCCCUCUAGCAACUCAGACUUCAUCAGAUACUAUUACAGCCACAAUGGGAAAUUUUCCUAUGUCAUAUGUAUCUCUUGGAUAGUGCCUUUGAUGCAGUAUAUGAGGACUGGCAUGAUUUUUCUCUGCAUCCAUUCCUGGGGUGGCGGGGGACCAAUCCUUCACUAGUAUUUUUUCUAUCAUCCUGGUAAUAAUGAGUUAAUAGCAAAUAAUACAUUAUUUCUAUCCAUUGAUCCGAGUGCCCAAUGCUUAGUUAUGGCCACUAGACACAGUUAAAGCUAUGGGAUUUCAUAUCCCAAUCUUAGCUUCUCAAUUCCACUCCUGUUAUAUGUAUUAGGAAGAAGGCUGUUGCUCAGUGGGAGAACAGAUGUUUGGCCUGCAGAAAGCCAAACUCUUUUGAAAGUCUAUGGCUUUGACUCCACAAUACGUUACCUCUUUAAAUACAGUGAUUCUAUUCAGUCUUUAUUGAAAUAGUCAAAAUGCAGGGGUGGGUGGUAUCUACAGAAAAGGAUUGUUUGGAGAUUCUUAAACAUUCCCCAAACUGCUAGCCCUCUCUGAUUUAUGCUGGUCUGUUCUGUUUUCCCAUCUGAUGUCUUAGAUAUACCAUUUGGUAAAGUAAAUCUGUUAAGACAACUGAAUAUGUAGAGAUUUGUAAAGUAUGAUUAGGUGAGGCAAAGGUUAAAAAAAAUACACUGACGGGUCCAUUCCCUCAUGUAGAGAUCCAUCCCUGUAUUUGUUUGGAAUUCCCUUUACAUGUUUAUUUCUAUCCAAAGGUUGCUGUAAUAGUGGCUAUUAGAACAGGCUUAUUUAUAGGCUGCAUAACUUUCAAGGCUUCAGGUGAGUUACAUCAGCAAGAUGUCAACAAAUAUUUUCCAUCCUCAAAUGUUCUCUACAGUCUCUUGGGAAUGUAAAUCAAAAGUUGUUGAAGUCCUUAUGGCAAUGUUCCUCAACUUUGGCCACUUGAAGAUGGGUGGACUUCAACUUCCAUGGCUGGCUGGGGAAUUCUGGGAGUUGAAGUCCACCCAU